AUGGCAGCCAGGCCGGGACCGCGGAGAGCAGAGGGCCAGCCCGAUCUCCUCGCUCCCUGCCCCUCUGCAGUGGGGCCUGGGCAGCGACAAUCCCCGGGCCAGCCUCCAACUUGCCUUUCCACGGGGGAGAGGAGGCUCAGUGUCACUCACGCCAGCCUGCCUCCAUCCUCGGGGGCGCGGAGCGCCUCCCUUUGCAAGGCUACCGUGCGAGCCCCACUUUUUGCCAGAAGGUUGCGCAGGUUGGGGAACGCGACCUGCGGGGCAGAGCCGGAGCCCCUGCCCGUUAGUCGCCAGGAUAGCUGUGGCCAUUGCAGCCUAACAGAGGCCUCUGCGAGAACCCAGGGCGAGAGAACCAUGUCUGAGGAGCCGUCCCGCACCCUGGGCUUGUGGGCGACGCUGCUGCAGGGACCUUCGGAAAGUAGCGGCAGCGAAUGUCCGCAGCAACCAGCAGACGGUGAGCAGAACAGUGAGAAUUAUGGGGAGCCACACUUGGUGUCAUUAGAAAAGGUGAAGACUGAAGAAGAGGAAGAUAUGUUUGUAUAUCGAGAACCCCAAGAGCAUUUGAAGAGUGAUUCAGAUACUGACAGUGCAGAUUCCUCCUCUUCUGAUGUACCCCUGAAUAUACAGGUGGUAGAUUUCAAAGAAGAAAGCCCAGAAACAGAUGUCAUGCACAGUACACCACAGUUUGAUGUACAACACAACAGCAACACAGGAGGGAGAUCAUUUCAAUGCCAUGAGUGUGGAAUACUCUCAACAUGCCACAGUAGCUUCGUUAAGCAUCAAAGAAUCCACACAGGAGAGAAACCAUAUGGAUGUCCUUUGUGUGGAAAGUAUUUCAAUCAGAGUGGAUCACUUACUCAACAUAUAAGAACCCACACAGGGGAGAAGCCAUUCAGAUGUACUGAGUGUGGAAAGUGUUUCACUCAGCAGGGAAGCCUUACUCAACAUCGAAGGAUCCACACAGGGGAGAAACCGCAUGAAUGCCAGGAGUGCGGAAAGCGCUUCACUGAGCGUGGAAGUUAUACUCGACAUCGAAGGAUCCACACAGGGGAGAAGCCAUAUAAAUGCCAGGAUUGUGGAAUGUGCUUCACUCAGAGUGGAACCCUUGCUCAACAUCGAAGAAUCCAUACAAAGGAGAAACCAUACAAAUGCAAGAAGUGUGGAAAGUGCUUCAGUCAGAGUGCAACUCUUAAGCAACAUCAAAAAACCCACAAGUAGGAGAAACCGUUUUAAUUCUUGGUGUGUGGGAAAGAGCUUCAAUCAAAGUGGAUCACUUAAUUAAAAUCACAGAACAAACACAAGAUAAUCUGUUGUAAUGCAUGGAGUGUGGGAAGCAUUUCAGUGACAGUGGAACUCUUACUUGACAUCAAAGAACCCACCCAGGAAGAAACCAUUUAAAUUCAUGGAGUGUGGAAAGAGCUCCAGUCAAAGUGGAUUGCUUACUUCACAUCACGGUCUGUGAUAAAUUAUGCUAUGUUCCUCAUCCCUUCCUCAUUCUCCAGAAGGCCCCUAAUUUUAUUUUAUUUUAUUUUUGCCUGUCUCUGUUGGAAAGUUAUUCCAUUUUUAUUGUAAAAUUGUCUGAUGUCAUUUGCAGCAUUUGGAUUUCAUAUUUGUUAGUUGGUGCUAAAUCCAUGGCUUUAUUGAUGCUUUAGUUAAGUCUGCAAUUUAUCCCACUAGCAUCUUGACUUUCUUUUUCAACGAAGCUAAAGCUCCAAUCCCAAGCAAAAGUUUGCUGGGUUAUAUUAAUAUAGACAUUGGCCUCUCUGUUUUUGUGCCUUUGUGUGUGCAGGUAUUGGCCUUUGACAUGUCAGGUUCUGGGGCUCAGCUGAGUCUUCAGAGAAGGCACUGUUAGUUUCAUCUCUUAAGUCCAAUUUUGGCACUUUCUUUUCAGGUCCACAGUAGUCUUGAAGCAUUAUCUUGAUAUUAUUAUGGUUUAUUAGCAGUUGAAAUGCUU